AUGCUCCCGCAAAAACCGCCUCGACUGCGCCGCCGCCGCGCUUCUCCUUCACUCCCCUGCCCUCAAUCGUCCAUUCUUCUCUCCCUCCACCACUACCAAACGCUGCUCCUCCUCUCUCUGACUGUCUUCUCCUUCCUAACUCCCUCUCUCGGGCGCCACGUCAUCGUGGGUCAACGGCAUAUAGACGGCUUCAACUACCCGUGGAAUCCUGUCGUGAACUACACUCAAUGGGCGGCUACCUUCCCUGUCAUUGCAGGCGAUACCCUGGUGUUUCAAUACGAGUCAGGCGAAGAAGUUGUGUACGAAGUUCCGUCGCAGGGCGACUUAGACGACUGUCGCCUGGACGAUGCGCGGUUGCUGUGCGACUCACUGGACGGCGAGGGCGGCAGGAGCAGCGACCGAGGUGGACACGUGAGGGGAUGUCGCGUGCUCGUCGAGUCACGUACGCUUUACUUAACGUCAAAGGUUGAUCACUGCCGCGCGGGACAAAGGGUCGUGAUACGACCACGAGAAAGUGGUUCGGAAGACGUCAGCGCUGAUUCGCACGGGGGCGAGGGGAGUAGCAGCACGGACAGCGAGAGUGUUAACGACAGCACAAGCUCGCCGUCCAUGCAUCGUCGUCGCAGCAGCAUAAGCAGCAUUCGCAGCGUGAAUGUCAGCAGCAGCAGCAACAACAACAGCAGCAGCAGAAGCAGUAAAAAGGCCAACAGCAGUCUAGACCUACCCGGGCGGCUAUGGCGGCCGCCCGAAGCGCCAUCCCUCGUGAGCACCGCCGCAGCAGGCGGGCGGCGGGUGAUCGUGGGGGCAGCUGCCGGCGGGUACAACUACCCGUGGAACCCGGCCGUGAACUACAACGCGUGGAUUGCGGCCAAUAAGCUCUACGCGGGAGACUUCGUGGUUUUCAAAUACCCAGCGUUCCAGGAAGAGGUGGUUCAGUUUUCAACUUUGGCAGACUUCAAAUCGUGCAACUUCCGCGCGGCCAAAAUCAUUUGCUACGACUCGUGGGGCGCGGGCGCAAACGGGUGCGCCAUCCGGGUGACCGCCGUGCCGGGCAUGUACGCGUCGGGGCUGUACGGCCACUGCAAGGCGGGGCAGAAGCUCGUGGUGAAGGCUUCCGCGCGCCCGUAUUCUCCGCGCACGCUCGUGGUGGGGUACAUGUCGGAACAGUUCGCGUGGCAGUGGAAUCCCGAGGCGCAGCUGGUGAAGUGGGCGAACGCGAAUAAGGUUUACGUGGGCGACACGCUGGGUGAGUGA